UUGAAAAGAAGUUUUCUUUUUUCUUAUGAAGGCGUGAAACGACUUUGCCAGAAUGAGCGAACCAUCAGAUGAAACAGAAACGAUAAAACCAGAGGAUAUACAUUCUUUGUUGGAACACUGCAAUAAGACGACUCACAAAGUGAAAGAUGGCGACAUACAGGGUGAAUUUAUCAUGGAAAGAUGUCUUAUGCUUUUGGCAAGGGAUUACAGAUAUUCUGUGAUAACUAAUUUUAAUGGAGAACUGUGCAGCCAUUAUCCCAGCAAAUUGGUUAUGUUGGAGUACCAACUGACGGAGGCAGAGAAACAGAGUAAAAGACAGGAGGAAGUGCAGAGCAUUUAUGAUAUAGAAAAACUACGCGAUCUGGUGAAACAAGCACGGUAUGCCAGAUGUCGGUCAAGGUUUGCAGUUCCUGUCAUUCUGUGCGAAGGAAAGCAUGUAUGUAGAUCAGCUACCUUGUCUAGUGGGGCGGAAAUGUAUGGUCGGCAGGGACUGGACUUUUUUUUCUCUGGUCCUCCAGGAAGUGAGGCCUCGCCCAAUCUGCCCACUCCUGGGUCUGGCCCCACGCCCAGCUCGGGAGAGAUGCAGAUGUUUGACCGUUACAGAGGACAGGACAUUAAAUUGCUGAAGGAGUUCUCAGUGGGCUAUAUAUGUGACCUGAUGGUUGAGAAAAAAAAAGUCAAAUUUGGCUUAAAUAUUACAUCGUCUGAAAAAGUCGAUAAAGAAAACCGAUAUGCAGAUUUUUGUAUACUGUCAAUACCCUAUCCAGGUUGUGAAUUCUUCAAAGAAUGGAAAGAUAACUCUUACUUGGGAGAGACCAUGACAUUUGACUGGAGUCAGAACUAUGUGGAUGCUGUGCUAGAUAUUCCUGAUGACCCUCUGUUAGCUCAGGUGGGGAUAGACUGGAGAAAAUACAGAAGCUGGGAUUUAAUCCGUCUUACUCAGAACUAUGUGAAACUGCUGCUUCAUAUUUUGAUAGAAGGUGACACAGGAGUACUUGUCCACUGUAUAUCAGGCUGGGACCGCACCCCCAUGUUUAUCUCCCUCCUCAGGAUCUCCCUCUGGGCUGAUGGUGUUGCACACGCCUCUCUCAACCCCACUGAAAUACUCUACCUCACACUUGCUUAUGAUUGGUACCUCUUCGGACAUAGUUUACCGGACAGAGUGAAUAAAGGAGAGGAGAUUUUAUUCUUUUGCUUUAACUUCCUGACUUAUAUGUCUUCAGAGGAAUUUUCUGUGUCCAGCAAAAGUGACAUUAGGAAACCUAGCAGGACAGAUUCAGAGUGCAAUAUGGAGGGUGUUUUACUUGAAACUGACCCUCGUCGCCAUAGUUACCGUGGCAGCAACACCAGUAUUAGUAGUGUAGGUAGUUUUUGUCAGGAUCCAGCGCUGGCUACUUUUCAUCUUAAUUCUGAGGAAGACACAUUUACACCUGGAAUGCCGAGCCCAACGGUUGUGAUGCCAUCACACCACAGACAGACACCACUGAGGCCGGGUGUUGAAGGGGCUGUCCACUUUCAUGUGUCCCAUCCCUCUGGAUCCUCCUCUAGUCCCGUGGCCGUCCCGAGCAGUGUCCGGAAUCUUACAGAUUCUGGCAGGGCAAGCUCUCCUGCGUGUGGAAGUUGGCAGGUAAUAUCCAGUACGGGUAGUCUGCGAGGCUAUGCCACCUCCAGCGACUCUCCUCAGUCCUUCGGUUCCCUCACAGAUAGCUCUGCUUCUAGUAGUAGGCUCAGUUCAUGUUGUGAAGCAACAGAGCUCCAAGAAACAACUCGAUGGAAAAAAUUGGACUCUGUUAGAAAAAUAUUCCACAAUGCAUAUGCUAACAAGAUAGUAAGUAAGCAUGGUCGGGAUGCUGGCGGAAUCGGAAUGUUACUGGAUCAAUUCGCUGAAAAAGUUGGUAUCCGUGGGAACAGAAAUACUUUUGUUUAGCAUGUUGGAGAGGGAGGAGAAAAUAGUGCUACAUGUGAUAUUGACUGAAACAAGAGUUUCAUUCAUUUUAAUCUUUGUCUGUGGGAACAGUGAUAGGCGGUUUUCUUUUGUCUGUUUGUGAAAUGACUUUCAGAGAUAUUCUUAUAUUUGGUAUGUGGAAAGACAUCUAGAGAAUAUGAUAUCCUUGUGUUUGGUAAGACAUCUGGAGUUAAAUCCUUGUGUUUGUUAGUGGGUGGACAGAUGUCAGGAGAUAGCUUUGUAACUAUGAUUGUGUAUCAGAUAUCUGGAGAUAUCUUUCUAAUUGGUAUAUAAGUGGACAUCCAGAUAUAUCAUCUUGCUGUGACAUUUAUGGUGUAUGUGAGCACAUCUCUUAUAAUGUGCAGUUGCUGUAAAUAGUUGUUGUAACAAAUUAAAGUGCUGUCUGUGUGAACUGACAUAUUGACCUUCUGGUUUGAAUAUCCGUAGGAAUCUGACAUAUAGUGAGAAAAAUUGGUUUUCAAAAAAAUAAUGAUAGACAAAAAAGGAAAACUUGUUAUAUAGACGUUUUUGAAAAGGAUGUAUUUUCCUGAUUUUAAAGUGCAAUCAAGACAACUGCAAAAUGAUAACUUGCCUGGUGAACAUAAACCAAUAAGAUUUACAUGUACUGUGUACUUUAUCUUCACCCUUUACAAUUAUUGUCAUUCUUGAAAAUCUAAAGUCAACGUGAAGGUUCACCAGCUGCUCUUAACAGAACAAUGAGAUUCCAAAUUGAGGGAUAAAAUUUAUUAUGUAUACUGCUUUAGAUAUGGUAAAAAUGUAUGAUUACAAUUAUUUUAGUAUCAUUUUCACUUUAUGAUUUCAUUCUGUUGUAUCUGUGAUGAUUUUUUUUAAUUAAUGUAUAACUUGACUUAUGAUAGGUGUUCCUGUAUAGGAUGAGUUUGUUCAUGAUGUGUAACUCCUGUAAAUUACAUUGCAUACAAAACCAUUUGCCCAAUAUUCUGAACAGUAUCACUGAAAAGAUUUUUUUAUUUGUUAUAUAUCUUGUUUAAAUUUCACUUGAGUAUAUAAUUUGAUAUAGAUGUCUUAUUCUAUAUACCAUACUUUCCAUUACGAAGCACGAUAGUUAAAAAAAAGCCAAGGUUUUACAAGAUUACUGUAGGACUUCGGAGCGACAUCAGGUAGUUGGCUGGAAACCGAAGAACAUUACUUUGUAAAUUAGAAUGUGCAUGCUUCACAAAUAUAUAUAUAUAUAAAUACACACCAAAACCAUGACUAAGUGUAUAGAAUAAGACCAGCUGAUCACAAGUUUUCAUACUGUAUAUUAUUCUUCUCACCAGGAACUAGCACAUGAAUGUUAAAUGCUUAUAAAAACUAUGUAGACCAAGCUGUUUACUUCUUAAAGGAAUUCAUUUUAACUCCUUCAAUUUGUACAGAAGUAAUGAACCAUUUAAAUUGGAUUGAUAAUGAAAAACAAUGCUUAUUCACAAUUGCGUAACAGCUAGUGUUUUUUCUUUAAUGAAAAUUAACAUAAGAACUAGGCCUGGAGGAAUGACAACUAAUGUACCAAGUGUGUUAUCAUAUCGCUGACGUCUAACAGUCAUUGUCAUUAAGCUGUACCUCUGAUUUGAGUUUGUUCUACAGAAAUCAUAUUUUGAAUUUGAAGUCUGCUAAAUAUAUAAUAUAGUAAUUAGUGUUAUAAGAAGAAGUAUUGUGAGAUUGAAGUAAAAAUACCUGUUAGAUGUAAUCAUGUAAGGUGACAGGAUAUUGCAAAUACAAGCAUAUCUUAUGAAUAAUUUAAUGAGGAAAAUUAAUUAUUUGACAUGAAAUGUCAGAAUUUAUUCCAGAGUACGUUGGUUGUAACUGAUGGUUGUCGAAGCAAUUGAUAUCUCUUAUAAAUAGAUCGCUAAAAUUAGUAAAUAUUUAUUACAAGUACUCAUUAUAAAUGGGUACAUUUAAUGAGUGAUGCAUGUGUUGUCAGUUUUAAUAUUUAAAAUAUGUGCCAAAUAUAGAUGUAUGGCAGGGGGAAGGAAGGCAGAAUGAAAGAACGGUAUCACAGUUUAUCAAGUGAGUUUGUCAUUUCUUCAUUCUUGAAAACUUUUCUGCUCAUAUUAAAUUCUGAAAUGUUUCCUCUUACAAACAUUUUCUGAAAACUGCA